AUGGCGAGUCCACCACGAGGGUUCGAUGCGAGGGAUGGAGACAACAACGCGGAGCUGCGGUGCUCCAUCUCCAGUGACGGCAAGUGGCCGAGCUUGAAGCGAGAAGAUGUUUUUCUGGAAGGCACCCAACACGCUGGAGGUUCGUCUGGAUACGCGGAUUCGACGUUUCAAACGAGCAAUAACGCUUUGGGUGGCGGUGGGUUGAGUGCUCCUGCGAGCUGUGAAGGAGGCGCGGCGUCUUCUCACGCGGAUUGGCACGCCAUCUCGUCGAGUUCGUUUGAUGAUACCUACUUGGAGAGCGACUACGAGCACGGGGGUGCGGGCAUGUCGAUGUCUUCGUCCAGUUCUUCUCUCAGUCACUUGAAUGAGCCCAUGAACAAACUCGCGUUGGAGAGUGAAGAGCACGAUAUGCCAGUUAUUUCGAUGCCGUAUCCUGGUUCCGGUUGGUUCCUGAGCGGAAAGACGGAGAAUGGCUACUCUCUGCCUUCUCUUGGAGGACUCACGCCGCGCUCGCAGGCGUUGACUUCCGUGACAACCGAGAUCAGUGCUACAUUUAGCGCCAGCUGCCCUCCGAGUGCUCACUCCGGCGGUGGGAAUUAUUCUGCCUCUGGGAAACUCGCAGGCGAUGGCGUAUCCUGUCCGUCUAAUGCUCGCGCACCCGCUCAACUGGAAACGAUGAAUCCGUGUCUCCCACACGCACUGGAGCCUUCGGAGCUGCUGUUCGAGGACAUGAGCGCGUGGUCUGGACCGCCCGCAGAUCCCUACGACAACCAACACUAUCACCAGCAACAAGGCCAGCCCUUCUAUAACGUAACCUCGCACCCACCUGCAUCCAACGGCUAUCUCUACUUUGACUCUGGCGCGCAGGCCACCAGCAGCGCCAUGUCGACUCAUCAUCAUGACUACACACCUUCGUAUCAACACCAUCAGCUCCCUUCAACUGGCCCAACUGGACCCUCGCUCUUCCGACUGAUGCAGACGCACGACGCUUACCCCACAGACGCUCACUGGAGCUCGAAUCAAGCGCAUGAUCACUACUCCGCCACUUCUUCAACAGCGAACACUACGCCCACCGAGUCGGUCAAGAAUCAACACCACUCUGGGGUGCUGCAUGCGGCUGAGCAGGGCCACACUAUUAAGCGCAUCCUCCGCUCUUCCACACUCAACCAGCGUCUGCCCUUAACAGGGGACACGCUCCUCCCUGCAGCCAUCCCGAAGCCAAGCAACUCGAUGGCGAUGAAAGUGAUGCCCCUCCCCGCCACGAACCCCGUGCCUCCCAACCAGUCGGCGAGGAUUCAACUUCUGACAGCUCUGAACGACUGCUACUGGAAGAAUGGCCGCAAGAAUCUGCAGUGCUUCCCGUCGUGCCCCGAACACCACGACUUUUACUCCAUGAAGAUGAACAACCGCAAACAUUCCAGUGUCGGGGUGUGUCGUGGUCCAGUGUAUUGCCACGCCUUCACCGACGCUGCCGAGUUCCUCCCAGCAGCGUCGACACAGCAGAUGAAGCACGAGCACGUUCCGUCUGGAGGCAACAACGCUCGAGAGUUGUUCGUCCUCGGCCGCUUCGAGCGCGUCCCUCAGCAAGACUCGACCAAUCUAUUGGAAGAGCUGAAUGCGCCUCCGUCGUUCCCGAGCGCCGCAGUCUUCGAGCAGUUCCGCUUCACGUGUUUCCAGGCCGUGGAGAUGGAAGAACGGCGCGUGUUGUUACCAGAGUCGCCGGAUACCAAGAAGUUGGACGCGAUCCACAGCCACUCCAACAAGCGCUUUAUCCGGAGCACGUGGUUCUUCUUGCCUGAUGUCUGGAAGGUGCAGCCGAUGCUCAAGAAGAAGCGCAAGGCCACACGAUCCGCACCAGCUCAGACGUUCCCAUUCUGCUUCCGGAUCUUCAUCUACACGCGCGACCUCAACGGCCCUGGGUACUCGUGCAUCGCCGACACGGCCUCGAGCUUCUUCGAGCUCUACUCGACUCGAACAGUGGACCGGGUCAAGCGCAAGUACUGGAGUGGCGAGAGCUCGUCCGACCAGCGCAAGCGAGUCUAGCAAGUCUUAUUCGUACCUCAGUUGUGUCUAAUCUGUUAACCGA